AUGUCACAUGACCGUUCAAGCGAAUCGCCAAGCCCUGUCCGCACACAAACCACACACAUUCCCGAAGGUCGACAUCUUUCCCCCAUCCAAACAGCUUGCCGUCGCGAUCAAGCCAUCAAGAUGCCGAGCCACAAGACCUUCCGCACCAAGCAAAAGCUUGCUAAGGCUCAGCGCCAGAACCGCCCUAUCCCUCAGUGGAUUCGCCUGCGCACUGGCAACACCAUCCGCUACAACGCUAAGCGGCGACACUGGCGCAAGACCCGUCUGGGCAUCUAAAUUCGACCAGACAGUUCCCGACCUACGUCUCAAGAUCCAUUUUUCCAACACUUCCAAUAUGUUGUGCGAUGUGUGUCGAUAUCCCGGGACGCCUACCUCGAUAUGAAUCUUCCAUUUCAACCCUACUUGGUCGCGCUAGUUUGAUGGGGAACUACUCAAGUCCGAUGCGGGAUCGU